GUGAUAAGGAAGUGAUAACCACAGGUGCUACUGAAUUAAAUGACAGAGAAAAUCAAGGCAUUUUAAAAAGAAGCAGCACAGUUGUAAACAUAAAGACCUAUAAAAAAAAAUCAUUGUAUCCUUUCAUGAUGCAGCUCCAAGGUGUAACUGGAGCACAGGUCAGGUGGCAGACUGUGCAUUGACCCUGUCAGUCCUUGAUAGACUGGUACUGGCUGAGUUAAUGACUGAGGUAAACAUGAUAAAUGUCAUUCACCCCACCUGCUUUGUAUUUCCCUUCCCUGUGCAGCUGCUGAGUUUAACUAGCCUUAUCGCCUCCACGUGGAGGGAACCAAGAUCCGUCUGCAUGGGAAGUCCAGGGUCACUUUUUUUUCUUCUUAAAUGCAGAGUCUUAAAAAGGCGGGUCAGUGCUAAGUUUGGUGCAAGCAGGUGACACCCUGGAUGAAUACAGCAGGGCCUGAGCUUGUGGAGUGAACUGGAGAGACACGUUUGUGCUUUCUGCAGCUCACAGGUCUGUUUUUCUUUACAAAACCAUUUUGUGGAUACUUUUUUUCUUCGUGAUGUUUCCUCUGGAAGAAACAUGCUCCGGUCACCGAGAUCAGCAUCCUCACACUAUCCUUUAUAACAUCUUGAGCGGGAGAGAGAGUGCCUAUCUCAACAACAAACUGAACCCUAGCACGGCAGCAUACAGCUGCCCCUGUGAGCACAGGAGGACAGUUUGCCUGAAGGACCCAAAGGCCACCUGCCAAGUGGCCUCCAGCGUGCUGGUCAAAACCAUCUGCUUUGUGAGGAGUUUACCGUCCUUCAGUCAGCUUCCAUCAGGAGAUCAGUCAUCACUGUUAAGACACUGCUGGGUUCCUUUAUUUGUUCUGGGGCUUGCCCAAGACAAGAUAGUGUUUGAAGUGACUGAUGUGCCAAAUUCAAGUAUCCUUAGACAGAUUCUGCUCGGACCAGGACUCACCGCAAAGGAGGCUGACCAACCAACUUUUGCUGGAGUCCACAAGUUGAGAGCGUGCCUGCAUCAGCUUUGGAAUCUGGACCUCAGUCCAAAGGAAUAUGCGUACCUUAAGGGCGCUUUGUUGUUUAACCCAGCUGUGCAGGGAUUGAGCGCCUCGUUGUUCGUCGACAGCCUCCAACAGGAAGCUCAGAGAGCUCUUCAAGAAGUCAUCUACCUCUUGCACCCAGAGGACACUGCUCGCUUCAGCCUCGUCCUUCGAGCAGCCUCCACCGUUCAGACUGUCGGCCACAGCCUGGUCACAGAGCUCUUCUUCAAACCAGUCAUUGGCAACACAAACAUGUUACAUUUAUUAACAGAGAUGUUGUUCGUGCACUGAACAUGCAAAGAGAAAGCAUUACAUGAGUGAGUGUUGUAAGUUUUAUACACAUUAAAACAUUACAUAAACCUUUA